AUGGCGUGGCGAGCGCUGCGGCGGGUCGGGCCGGUGCUGGCGCCGCGCUGCCCGCGCCUCCCGCGCCUCCCGCUGCCGCCGCGGGAGCCCGCGGCCCGCCGGCUGGGCACCGGCUCGCUGCUGCUGGCCGCCCGCAAAUUCACAGACAAGCACGAGUGGAUAUCUGUGGAAAAUGGCAUUGGAACAGUAGGAAUCAGCAAUUUUGCACAGGAAGCAUUAGGAGAUGUUGUUUACUGUAGUCUUCCAGAAGUUGGGACAAAAUUGAGUAAACAUGAUGAGUUUGGGGCUUUGGAAAGUGUGAAAGCUGCUAGUGAACUCUACUCCCCUCUCUCAGGAGAAGUGACUGAGAUUAAUGCUGCUCUUGCAGAUAAUCCAGGGCUUGUCAAUAAAUCCUGUUAUAAAGAUGGUUGGCUUAUCAAGAUGACUGUGGCAAACCCUGCUGAACUUGAUGAACUGAUGACUGAAGAUGCCUAUGAGAAAUACAUAAAAUCCAUUGAGGACUGAGCUGGAAUAUUGAAAUAAAUUCAUAUAAAAUA